GUUGGAUUAGAAAGUCUCCAUGGACCCGCUGGGACUAAGCUUCUCCCCACACGGCGAGGGUCUGGGCCAUGACACCCCGAGCUCUCCUCCUGCUGCUGUCGGGGGCCCUGGCCCUGACCCAGACUUGGGGGGGCUCCCACUCCCUGAGGUAUUUCGGUACCGCCGUGUCCCGGCCCGGCCGCGGGGAGCCCCGCUUCGUCGCCGUGGGUUACGUGGACGACACGCAGUUUGUGAGGUUCGACAGCGAUGCCGCGAGUCCGAGGAUGGAGCCCCGCGCGCGGUGGGUGGAGCAGGAGGGGCCGGAGUAUUGGGACCGGGAGACGCGGAUCGCCAAGGGUCACGAACAGAAUUUCCAAGUGGGGCUGAACAACCUGCGCAGCUACUACAACCAGAGCGAGGCCGAGUCUCACACCCUCCAGAAGAUGUGUGGAUGCGACCUGGCGCCGAACGGGAGCCUCCUCCGCGGGUAUUUCCAGUCAGCCUACGACGGCACCGAUUACCUUACCCUGAACGAGGACCUGAGCUCCUGGACCGCGGCGGACACGUCGGCUCAGAUCGCCCGGCGCAAGUGGGAGGUGGGCCGUGAAGCGAAGAGUCAAAGGAACUACUUAGAAGGAAGGUGCGUGGAGUGGCUGCGCAGGUACCUGGAGAUCGGAAAGGAGACGCUGCAGCGCGCAGAACCCCCCAAAAGACACGUGAGCCACCACCCCUUCUCUGACGGUGAGGUCAGCCUGAGGUGCUGGGCCCUGGGCUUCUACCCUGCAGAGAUCACCCUGACCUGGCUGCGUGAUGGGGACGAUCUGACCCAGGACACAGAGCUUGUGGAGACCAGGCCUUCAGGGGACGGAACCUUCCAGAAGUGGGCGGCUGUGGUGGUGCCUUCUGGGGAGGAGCAGAGAUACACAUGCCACAUGCAGCAUGAGGGGCUGCCUGAGCCCAUCACCCUGAGAUGGGAGCCACCUCAGCCCACCAUCUCCCUCGUGGGCCUCAUUGCCGGCCUGGUCCUAUUUGUGGUCACUGGAACUGCAGUGGCUGGAGCUGUGAUGUGGAGGAAGAAACGCUCAGGAGGAAAAGGAGGGAGCUAUGCUCAGGCUGCAAGUGGGGACAGUGACCAGGGCUCUGAUGUGUCUCUCACGGCUGCUAAAGUGUGAGGCGGCUGCCUUGUGGGGACUGGGUGAUGCAAGAUUUGUUCGUGUUCCUCUGUGUGACAUCGAGAUCCCCUGCCUCUUUCUGCGAAGAGCAUCUGAAUGGGUCUAUGUUCCUAUUGGCAUAAUGUGGGGAGGUGGGAAGACUGGCCCCCCCUGCCUCCCCACACAGACUGGGUUCUCUUCCCUGAUGGACUGUCCUGUUCCAGCAGAGGCAAGGCUGGGCCUUGCUUUCACAUCAUGUUGGGCUGAGUAGUGAUGUCUACCUUCCUUAGGGAAAAUGAGAAUAUGGUAUGCAUUUGUUUUUUCUACUAAUUAUCAAGGGGUUGAUGGGGUAAUAAAGGAGAAGAUUGCUGAUAUUGAGAGAAGAAACAAAUUUUAAGCACUGAGUCCAAAAUCCGUGUGUUUGCUGCAUUGAGUCUGUUGUGAGUGUGGACAGGAGAGGCCGCGGGGAGCCCAACAUGGACGGGGCCUGUGCCCUGUGGGCUCAGUGCAUCAUGGGCUCUGAUGUCCCUCCUCAGCUGGGUCAUCUCUGCUCCUUUGCCUUUGUCCUUUAAGUAGAACUUUGUCCCAACAGGACCUGUGAUCACAAGGAUUCAGACAUCAUCCAGGCCUUGCCCUGUGUCCCCGACCAUGAGCAGGAGGGCUUUGUGUCACCAAGUCAGGCAAGAGCAUGGCCUGGGUCCCACCCUCAGCCCCCAUGUUUUGAGUGUUUAUUCAUUUUGUCUUUGUUUCUGUAGAGGAUUGUGCCUGUUCUUGUUUUGUGUAUGAGUUCAUGUCUUAUUUUCCUCUGGAUGGUGCCCCCAUCCCUGACAGCCAGGAGUCAUUUGGCCUGUCAUUGUCCCCACAAGUCUCAGGAUGACCCCUGUGCACAGGAUACUCUAGAGUAUCAAAAAGUGAAUAUUGAGAUCAAUCAUUCUUUCCCUCCUUCUAGGGCUUCUUUAUGGAAUUUUCUAUCUUUCCCCCACCUUUUUUAGUUAGAGGAGGGAUCAGAUUCUAAGUGUGUCAUUCUUAUUAAAUUGUAAGUAUGGAGGGGGUGGUCCCUGAGCCCCUUUGGGACCAGGGAAGUUCCUAUCUUCGCUGCCUUAUGUCUAGUGAUUCCUGGUGCUGCCUCUGAUCCAAACUCGGGGUUGUAGAGGCUAAUAUAGAUUUAUAUUUGGUAGGAAAAUAGGACCCAUGGGCUAAGGCACAUCUUUUCUAAACAGCAAACUAUAACUGCUGGGCUGUGCAGGAGGGUUGGUGUGAGGGGAGGAGAUGGUGCAAGUGGGGAGCAGCACUGGUGAGGAAAGCACAGGCGGCACUGAGGUCAGUGUAAGUGGACAUUGUGCCGUAUCUGCCACCAAACAGCUGUGACCUGCAGUCACAUUUAGUAAAGAUAUUUCUUGAUUUAGGGAGGUGCUCUAUAUGGACCAUUCAUUCAACUAUUUGUUAUGUGCCAGAUAAUAGUACAUACACAUACUGACACACACAUAAUAGGGUACCUCAAAGUAAAACUGCAAGUUGUGUGUAGCCCAUGUUCUUGCAGGAAGGAGUAGAGUAUAUCAAUAAACAUAAAAUAGGAGCAAUGUUUAUAUUAGAAGCUGGUUAAGUGAUUUGAGGCAGGUGGCCCAUAAUAUAAGUAUGGGGAGAGGGAAGAUGGCUAUUGUUUUAGGGUGGUCAGUGUGAGCCCUACUGGCAAUGUGACCUGUAAGUGAAGAUUUGAAGGAUAAUGGAAUGCCCAUGAGGGUGUCUGGGGCAAGUUCUUCCCAGGCAGGGAACUUCCAUUGCAAAUGGUCUGGGACAGGAGUGUGUCCUGUGUCAAGGAAGGGCGAGGAGGCCACUGUGCUACAGCAGAGAGCAACUGAGACGAGUCCUGUGUCCGGCCACAUCAUGUGGGCCUUAGGGUAUUAGCAGGGCCUUGACUUUUUUCUGAGUAAGAUGUGGAGUUAGAGACAAUUUUGACCAGAAUAUUGACCUUGUAUGACUUAAAAGCUUCAGCCUGGCUGCUGUGCAGAAACGAGAAGCGAAGGGAGAUGAGCAGUCGGGAAAACUGUAGGAAACCAGUGCAGGGCUCCAGGCUGGAGAGGCUGUGUCUGGGGUGUGAGCAUGAGAAUUAUGGGAAGUGAUUGGAUUCUGGAUAUAAUUAAAGAUGAACUUUGCAGCACUUCCUGAUGGAUUUAAUCUGGGUUGCAAGAAGGAGGAAACUAGGACAUGCACAAUUUCAGACGCUACAGGGAGAAAUGUGGAUGCCUUCAUGGAAAUGGGGAGGACUCUAGAAGGGGCCUGCUUGAGGAAGUGGCAUCAUAAGCAUCCAAUUUAGGAAAUGCUGAAACUGAGACGUCUGUUAGAAAUACAGGUGAGGUUGGCAGUUGGAUACACAGUGAUGUUUAGAAGGAAUGUCUUGGAUGGUGAAAUAAAUUUUGGAGGUGAUGCCAUAGAAGUGAUACAUAAGGCCUUGGGCACAGAUGAGGUCACCAGGGGUUGUGGGAUAGAAGAGAAAGGAACAAGGACUGACCCCUGCACCCCUGGUGCUGAGCAGUCUGAUCAGACCACAUGCCCUAGGCAGACUCAAAAUCUAGCAUCAUGUGCAGAAGGCAUGUAGAGCAGGGAGACCCAAAACUUUAGUGUCACAGGAGUCCCCUGGACAUCCCAUUAAGAUCCAGACCAUCUUUGUAGAGUGUGAGAUUCUGGAUUUGUAAUAAGGCUGGUGUUGCUGCUGGUCUACAGGUCACAAUUCAGCAAAAAAGACAUAAGGAUGGCCAACAGGCACAUGAAAAAAUGCUCCACAUCCCUAACCAUCAGGGAAAUGCAAAUCAAAACCACAGAGAUAUAUCACCUCACACCAGUCAGAAUAGCCACUAUCCAAAAGACAAGAAAUAACAAGUGUUGGUGAGGAUGUGGAGAUAAGGAAACCCUCCUACACUGUUCGUGGGAAUGUUAAUUGGUUCAGCCACUGUGGAAAGCAGUAUGGAGGUUCCUCAGAAAACUAAAAAUUGAAAUACCAUUUGAACCAGUAAUUUUAUUUCUGGGAAUUUAUCUGAAAAAAUGAAGUCCCUGAUUCAAAAAGAUAUAUGCAGCACAUUAUUUACAAUAACCUAGUUAUGGGAGCAACCCAGUGUCCAUCAGUAGGUAAGUAGAUAAAGAAGAGGUGGUACAUGUACACAAUGGAAUAUUAUUUGGCCAUUAAAAAGAAAUCCUGCCAUUUAUGACAACAUGGAUGGGUUUAGAGGGUAUUAUGCUAAGUGAAAUAAGGCAGGUGGAAAAGACAAAUACCGUAUGAUUUCACUUAUAUGUGGAAUCUAAAAAUAAAACAAAAUGAACAAAACAGCAAUAGACUGUCAUAGAUAACUGAGAAAAGUUACCAUUGGGAGGGUGUGUGGUGGGUGGGUGAAUUAGGUGAAGGGGAUAAAGAAGCACAAAAUCUCAAUCAUAAUAUAAAUUAGUCACAGGGACGAAGUUACAGCAUAGAGAAUGGUGGAUAGUUCUGUAACAUCUUUCUAUGUUUAUAGUAACUACUAGUUGGGGUGAGUAAAUGUAUUGUUGGGGUGAGUAAAUUACUUAUUGUUGAAUCACUUAUGUUUUAUAUGUGAAUAUAACAUUAUAUAUCAACUAUUCUUCAAUAAAAAAGUCAAUCAACAUAUGAAAAAAGGUAGGCUAGGAUUCCCAAAUGACUGUGCGUUGGCUCACCUGCAGGGCUUCUGGAAUAAGUGAUUCCUGGUCCCAGGCCCAACAUUCUAAGAAGGUGGAUCUGGGGAGAGGCCUGAGUUUUUUUUACUAGUCCACAAGCAAUCCUGGGGCUCAAUCAGAUUCGAAACCACUAAGGUCAGAAAUCAGAGAGCAUUCAGGGUGGGAAGGGUCAUAAAUUCAUAUUAAAUUUUUUUUUCCUGGGAAGAAAAAGGCAAGACAUAUGCUGGGAGAUACAUGUUAUUUUACCUACCAGGGAAAAGCCAGGUGGACCAUUGAAGUGCUUAGCAGCUCAGUCUAAGGAAAUUCUCUGAGAAGCUGAGAGUAUAGAUUUUAGAUAUUCUCAACACAAAAAAGAAACUAUAAACUAUGCAGUGACUCAGGUAUUAGCUAGCUCUAUGGUGGCAAUCAUUUUGGAAAAUAUAAAUGUACCAAAUCCACAGGUUGUACACCUUAAAGGUACACAACGUUACACGUCAAGGAUACAGCAAUAAAGCUGGAAAGAUA